AUGUUACAGCUGUUCACCUCAACUUUCGCUCUAGGAUGGCUUUUGUCGUCUCUGCCGCUGGCUUCAGCAAACUGGCGGUACAAGUCAAGGCCAGACCUGGCACCUCCAACCCUCAAUAUCACUAUUCCAGCCACCAGCGAAGUGGAGAAAGGAUAUCUCUUCAUUGCACCAUUCUCAGGAUAUCCUGAAGGAACUCGUCAUGGGCCGUUGCAAGCAGCACCUUACAUCUUCACUGACACAGGAGACCUCGUAUGGUCAGGCUUCACCUAUUUUUCAAUCUGGGCGACAAACUUCCAAGCGGCAAAAUAUAAAGGCAAAGAUGUACUUUUCUGUUUCGAAGGCAGUCAUAACGCAGCAUAUGGACACGGACACGGGCACACGACCUUCCUGGAUCAGAACUAUGAGACAAUCCGUGAGCUUCGCGCUGGCAACCACCGCUUGACUGACAAACAUGAGUUCCACAUCAUCAACGAAGAGACUGCUCUCAUUCAGAUCUACCACCCUGUACCGUAUGACUUGAGCCCCUACGGUGGUAGUGAGGAGCAACAAUGGAUUGUCGACGCCAGAUUCCAAGAACUCGACAUCGAAACUGGUGAAGUGCUAUUUGAAUGGAGUAGUUUGGAACAUGUUGACCCCUCCGAGGGUUACCUUCCUUUGAAUCCUGGACAGGCGGGUGCCGGCUACAACAGCUCUGACGCCUGGGACUACUUCCACAUCAAUUCAGUCGACAAAGACGACCAAGGAAACUAUCUGAUCUCAGCUCGAGACGCCAAUGCCGCGUACAAAAUCAACGGCACAACCGGAGAGAUUAUCUGGCAGCUUUCGGGCAAAUCCUCCAGCUUCAAGAUGGGCGACGAAGUCGAGUUCGCCUUCCAACAUCAUGCUCGUUUCCAGGGCCGAAGUGAAGAUGGCACCAAGGAGAUCAUCAGCAUUUACGACAAUUCAGCGCAUGGGACCGAGAAUGGGGGUGGGCACGAAGUCCAUUUCUACAACAUCUCUCGUGGCAAGAUCAUUGAAGUAGACACCAAAUCCUGGGAGGCGACCAUCGUGCAGGCCUUCCACCCGCCGGAUGAUCUGUUGUCUAAAUCCCAGGGAUCGACUCAGCUCCUGCCCAACGGGAACGUCAUGGUCAACUGGGGCUCUGAAGGUGCAAUGACAGAGUUCAAAGCGGAUGGCACGCCGAUCUUCCAUACUUACAUGGACUCUGGCUUCUUGGGUAUUGGCGUCGAGAACUACCGGGGCUUCCGCUAUAACUGGACCGGCAUUCCGAACGAGGCGCCAGCCAUUGUUGCUCUCGAAGAUGGCAAUUCCACCAGCAUCUAUGUCUCGUGGAAUGGUGACACACGCACCAAGGUGUGGCGCUUCUACGAAGUCAAGGAUGACCGUCGUUCGUUCUUGGGCGAAGCCAAGCGCGAGAGUUUCGAGACUGAGUUGAAACUCGAUCGCGUCAACGUGAAGAGCGUACAGGCUGAAGCACUAGACGCUGAGGGCACCGUGCUUGUUGACACGUCCAAGGUCAAGCCAGAAGCACUGAUCCGCGAGUACAAGGGACAGGGCAAGAAGACACAGGAGAAGUCUGGGCUCAUUCCUUGGCUCACGUUCAAAGGUCAGAAGUUCUUUAGAAGCAAGGAUCUUUGA